AUGUCCGAUUUCCCUUUACAUGAAGCUUGUAUGAAUAAUCAGUUAGAUAAAGUAAAACACUUGGUUAGUGAAUCAGAUAGCAUUAGACGAUUGCUUAGACAGAAGGAUAAUGACAACAGAACACCGUUGCAUUGGGCUGUAUCUUUCCAGAAUGAAGAAAUCAUCCAAUACCUUUUAUCACACAUGAAAUCCACAGAUAUUGACGAUUUAACUGAUGAAUCUGGCUGGACCCCGUUUCAUAUUGCUUGUUCUGUAGGCAAUUAUAAUAUCGUCGAAAUGUUGUACAAUAGAGACAUCAAGCCAGAUAUCAACUUACAGACUGGCCAGGGGACUACUCCACUACAUUUAGCCGUCACUAAACAACACUACCUCAUUGUGGAUUUCUUAAUGGAAAAUGGUGCCAAUUUGCAAAUCAAAGACAAUAAAAAACAAAUUCCAUUACACAGAGCUGCAUCUAUUGGAUCUAUGAGAUUAGUAGACCUUCUAUGUACACAGGGGUCUCCUAUAGAUUGGAAAGAUACUAAUGGUUGGACUCCUUUAUUCCAUGCCUUAGCUGAAGGUCACGGUGAUGUAGCUGCUCUUUUAGUGACUAAAUAUCAUGCUUCAAUCGAUCUAGAAGAUAAUUUGGGGAAGAAACCUAUUGAUGUUGUAUUGAAUGAUCAGGUAAAAGAUUAUUUUAUCAAAAAUAUAUGA